AUGUAGAAACAGACAUUCCGAAGACACAAAGUUUACAAAUGGCCAGCGAGGCCGCAGCAAUUGAAGCAGUGGGAGGGGCUGUUGGCUCGGUAAUAGCGCUUGCGGCGACGUACCCGCUUGCUAUCGUGUCGACCUGGCAGGCGCUCGAGCACUCACAAGGACUCGAGCUUGCGAGUGCGGAGCUGCGGAAGAAGUAUGCUUUCUUGCCCUCGCCUCUGCGUGAGCUAUGUAUCUACUCGGAGUCUCGUGGCUGGCGGAGCUUAUUUGCUGGCCUACGGCCCUGCCUGGCCGCGACCGCCAUCAGCCAGGCAGUCUACUUCUACCUCUACUCGGCGCUUCGGCAGGGCAUAGUGGCGCACAAGCACGCGGUCGCGGCCGCGCGGCUCAAAGCCCGCGGCGCCAGUGCAGCCGCGGUGGCCAGCGCCGCCGCCACGGCCGCCGCCGCCAGUCGCAGCGAGGCCAUCGGCGUGGCGGGGUCGCUUGUGGUGGCGGGGCUGGCCGGCUGCGGCAAUGUGCUAAUCACCACGCCUGUCUGGGUUGUGGCCACGCAGCUGCAGGCGCUGCAGCGGCACCCUGAACUGGCGGUGCGGCAGCGCAGCGCCUGGCAGGUGGCGGCGCAGGUGUACAAGGAGGGCGGCGUGGUGGGCUUCUGGAAGGGUGUGCUGCCCAGCCUGGUCAUGGUGGCCAACCCCACGCUGCAGUACAUCAUGUACGAGUGGCUCACGGCGCGGCUGCAGGAGAUGAGGGCCAACAGCAGCAGUAGCAGGCCGGGAGCCAAGGGCGGCCGCCCCGGCGCCGGGCCUCCCAAGCUGUCCACGGGCGACGUGUUCAUGCUCACGGCCCUGGCCAAGCUGGGCGCCACGCUCAUCACCUACCCCAUGCUGCUCAUCAAGAGCCGGCUGCAGGCCAUGAACAGCAGCACGGCGCGAGAGGCCCGGUACAAGGGCGUGCUGGACGCGGUGGUGGCCAUACUGCGGCGGGAGGGGCUGGCGGCGUUCUUCAAGGGAAUGCGGCUAAAGAUGCUGCAGACGGUGUUGGCGGCGGCGCUACUCAUGUCCAUCAAGGAGCAGGUGUACGUGUCAACCAAGGCUCUCAUCGGCCAGGCGGCGCCUGUGCCCGUGUCUGUGUCUGUGGCGCACGGAGUGGCGGCGGGUCCGGAGCUCGCUGCGGCCAAGGCAGGCUGAUUACCAGGCAUCUGCGUCUGGUGGACAGCCGGUGGCUUGUUGGAGGCAGCUGGAUGCAUAGCCCACGGUCAUCAUGUCGCGGGGUGGGCACACCAUGGUUUUGCUGGCCGCACCUGGUGUGGGUGGCUGCCGCGCUGGUGCCAAAGGGGAGCGGGUGGAGAGCGACUGACGACGCUUUAUAAAACGAAUGCGCACAUAGUCUGCAGAGGAAGUCGGAGCGACACGUCAUGAGUGGCAUGAGGGGCUUGCGGCGCUACCUAUGGUGCCUCGUGUGGUCCUGCAGCUGCAUGCUCGUGUCUGGGUCGUGUCGCAGGUUAUUCGUGCUGGCGUUACGUUUCUGCUGCAAAUGCAUUGGAUCAUCUAGGUUAUGCAUCUCAGUGUGCUUGGUUCUUAACUCACGCCGGCGGCUCGUCGUGUGUCGACUGCGGCAUGCAGCCAUGACGGAGCACGAGCAAGGCACCGCAUCACACAAAAAUGUCGUUGAGAUGCAGUGUAGGCCUGGGGCCAGCACCUUGCGCAGGGACGGGGUGGAAUGACAUUACUCCAGUACUCCAGUCGUGCGGUGUGGACAGGGUGCAUCGCAGGGCAGUGGCUGUUUCCAAAACCAGCCAGCAGUAAUGUAGGGUGUCAGCGUGGAGGAUAGAGGAGGCGGCGCGAGUGGCGGGGCUGAGUUACUGAGUGUUGCGGCGGACGCGCUGCCUGGCUGGGAAAGUGUUGGCGACCGCGCCACGCACGUGGGCGGGACGCUUUGGAUGCGCAGCCACAGGCGGGCAGUAGCAGCAAACGGUUACACCGCGACAAGCGGGUCGUUGGGGUGCACUGAGGCGGCUGGUGGGCUGCCUAGCAAUGCCUGGGGCAGGCACUGGUAGGGAGCUUGAUUGCAGAGGUUGGGGUGAAGGGCUAGGGCGUGGACCUCACACAACUAUCUGAUGAUGGCUUGGAGGAGCAGGCCGCGGCUGGCCAGUUACUGCCGGGGCUAGGGGCGAUGGGGGGCACGUCCUUUGCUGUGAGCAGCCAUGCAACGUGUUUGGUCCGCGCCUACUCGCCUGGCACAGGCGUAAGGUGGAACGGUGUAAGAGACCUUGCGC